AUGCCUAACGUAGCACGGUCGCAGAUGUUGGGAGUUCGUAUAAUCCAGGAUCCUCCAUUAGAGGUGAUGACUCUCUUACAAAGUGAUGUUGAGGGGCAGCCUAUUGAAGCCCUUGCUAUUCCAGCAGAUGAAUUGAAGGAAAUCACAGAUAAGGAUAACUUUGGUACAAAUUCUUUGAUUGGAGAAAGUUCAUACGGUCGAGUUUAUUAUAGACUCAAGACUGGACAGGCUUCAGCCAUAAAAGAAGUUAGAUGCCAUUUCAGCUCUAUAUCCAUUUGUGCGUGUAUUUUUAAGUUUCUAUGGUAGAACUUUGUCCAGUUGCUUGGUUACUGUAUUGAUGGGAGCUCCCGUAUACUUGCCCAUGAGUCAUCUAAUGGCUCAUUGCAUGAUAUUCUCCAUGGAAGAAAAGGUGUUGAGGGAGCUCAGCCAUGCCCUGUUCUGACAUGGGCACAAAGAGAAAAAAUUACCGUAGUAGCUGCAAAAGGGCUUGAGUACUUGCACGAGAAGGCUGAUCCUCGCAUCAUUCAUUGUGACGAUUGCAGAUGGCAGCUGUUUCUGCAUUGUGUGUGCAAUUUGAAGCUGAUUUUCGGCCAACUAUUAGCAUUGUUGUCAAAGCUCUUCAGCCUCUGUUAAAUGCUUGACCUGGACCUUCAGGUGAAACACCAAUCACCUCUCUCUCUCACACACACACACGCACGCACACACUCAUUUCCUCUCCCUUUCUAUCUCUCUGCGCCUGUGUGUGCGGAAGUGCACUCACUUUGAAGCAUUCAAAAUAUAUAAUGAGGGGACGAACUCUAGAAAGUGAUGACAAUUUGUUUAUUCAAAGUUCCAUAUGCAUGCAUUAUAUACUUUGUGUUCAAUUUGUUAAUAAUGCGUAAAUUUUUUUCUUUCUUUGCA